ACGGGGCGCUGCCGUGACGUCACGGCCGGAGCGGUACCGGGAACGGGAGCUGCUCCCGUCGGGAAGAGCACCGGGAGCGGGGCAGGGAGCGGGGCCCGCCCCUCUGCCCGGCCUGGUGAGGAGCGGCCUGUCCUCUGCCGGGCUCCUCAGCACGCGAGGGACGCGGAGCGGGGCGGACAAAGAUGAGCGAGGGGCUGGAGCAUCACCCAGGGAUGAGUCCGGCGCCAGUGGGAUGGACAGUAGUACCUUGCCAGCAGUAGCAGAAGAGCUCUUGAGAGAGAUCAAAAAGGCUUUUCAGGAGAGCUCACACGUCCCUGAUGACCUGCUGCUGGGGUUGAAGUUCAUUUUUGGCCCAUCUGCAGUCCCAGCUCUGGACUUGGUGGAUCAGCGUUCUGUCACCCGAGUCAUUGCCCCCAGUGGAAGGACUCUGUACCAGGUCCUUGGGAGCUCAGGGAAACUCUACACCUGCUACAGCUCCUGCCACUUCUGCACGUGCCCUGCCUUUGGGUUUUCUGUGUUGCAGAAGAGCGAGAGCCUCCUGUGCAAACACAUCCUGGCUGUCUACCUGAGCCAGGCCAUGGGAGCCUGCCAGGAACUGUCUGUGUCUGAGGAGCAGCUCACAAACAUCCUCCUGGCUGAGGAAGAGGAUGAAGGAUGAAGGAUUUGGAUCACUCUGGGCUGUGUAGCUGGCAUUUUUACUAUCUACAAGGCUGUCAAAUGCUCGUUGUGGCUGGUAGGUUUCUUCCUGUGCUGCAGCCAAGCGUGACAUUAAUUAGCAGCCUGGCACUGAUAAAUUAAUUAAUUAAGCCUG